UGUGGUCCCGACAUCAUUGACAUGGCGGAAUCCCCCAUCAAACCCUCCUGGUAGUUAUUUGAGCAGCGGCGGCGGCCCGAGGAGGCGGCGGAGAGCAGCGGCGGGAGCGGCGGCAGCGGCGCAGGGGGCGGCGGGGAUCCCGCGGACGGCUGGCUGGGACGGGCGCCUGGAGCCCCGUUUCAGCCCGAGGGGAGAUAGCAAGUUGAGGGCAAUUCUCCAUGAAUGUACGUCACCAUGAUGAUGACCGACCAGAUCCCCCUGGAACUGCCACCCCUGCUCAACGGGGAGGUGGCCAUGAUGCCCCACUUGGUGAAUGGAGAAGCAGCCCAGCAGGUUAUUCUUGUCCAAGUUAACCCGGGUGAGACCUUCACAAUAAGAGCCGAGGAUGGAACACUGCAGUGCAUCCAAGGCCCCGCUGAAGUUCCCAUGAUGUCGCCCAAUGGGUCCAUCCCUCCCAUCCAUGUGCCUCCAGGUUAUAUCUCACAGGUGAUUGAAGACAGUACUGGAGUCCGCCGGGUGGUGGUUACACCCCAGUCUCCUGAGUGUUACCCACCAAGCUACCCCUCAGCCAUGUCUCCAACCCAUCACCUGCCCCCUUAUCUGAGUCACCACCCACACUUCCUUCAGAACUCGCACACGGCUUAUUAUCCACCUGUCACCGUUCCUGGAGAUAUGUCACCGCAGUUCUUCCCCCAGCACCACCUCCCCCCAACAAUAUAUAGUGAGCAAGAAAUUAUCCCACUUUAUGGAAUGUCGAGCUACAUCACCCGAGAAGACCAGUACAGCAAGCCACCGCACAAAAAGCUGAAGGACCGCCAGAUUGACCGCCAGAACCGUCUCAACAGCCCACCUUCCACCAUCUAUAAGAGCAGCUGUGCAACAGUGUACAAUGGUUACGGGAAGGGCCAUAGUGCUGGAAGCAGUGGAGGCGUGGGAGGUGGAAGCGGAGGUGGACCUGGGAUCAAAAAGACGGAGCGAAGAGCCAGAAGCAGCCCUAAGUCCAGUGAUUCGGACUUGCAAGAGUAUGAGUUGGAAGUAAAGAGGGUGCAGGACAUUCUUUCGGGAAUAGAGAAACCACAGGUGUCAAACAUCCAGGCAAGAGCAGUUGUGCUGUCCUGGGCACCCCCUGUCGGACUGUCCUGUGGGCCCCACGGUGGCCUUUCCUUCCCUUACAGCUAUGAGGUCGCCUUAUCAGACAAGGGACGAGAUGGAAAAUACAAGAUCAUUUACAGUGGAGAAGAAUUGGAAUGUAACCUGAAAGAUCUCAGGCCUGCCACUGAUUACCACGUGAGGGUGUAUGCCAUGUACAAUUCUGUCAAGGGGUCCUGCUCUGAGCCAGUCAGCUUCACCACCCACAGCUGUGCACCAGAGUGCCCCUUCCCUCCCAAGCUGGCGAACAGGAGCAGGAGUUCGCUCACCUUGCAGUGGAAGGCUCCAAUUGACAAUGGUUCAAAAAUCACCAGCUACCUUUUAGAAUGGGAUGAGGGAAAGAGGAAUAGUGGCUUCAGACAGUGUUUCUUUGGGAACCAGAAGCAUUGCAAGUUGACAAAACUCUGUCCAGCCAUGGGCUACACCUUCAGGCUUGCUGCUCGGAAUGACAUCGGCACCAGUGGUUACAGCCAGGAGGUGGUGUGUUAUACACUGGGAAACAUCCCACAGAUGCCCUCAGCACCCAGGCUUGUCCGAGCUGGCGUCACCUGGAUCACACUGCAGUGGUCCAGGCCUGAAGGCUGUUCACCGGAGGAAGUGAUUACGUACACCCUGGACAUUCAGGAGGACGAAAACGAUAACCAUUUCCACCCCAAGUACAGUGGAGAAGAUCUGACCUGUACUGUAAAAAAUCUCAAAAGAAGCACACAGUACAAGUUCAGGCUGACUGCUUCUAACAUGGAAGGGAGAAGCUGCCCAAGUGAAGUCCUGGUUUGUACGACCAGUCCUGACCGUCCUGGACCUCCGACCAGGCCGCUCAUUAAAGGGCCAGUCACAUCGCAUGGCUUCAGUGUCAAGUGGGAUGCUCCAAAGGACAGUGGCGGCUCAGAAAUCCUGAAGUACCUGCUGGAGAUCACAGAUGGAACUUCUGAAGCUGGUCAGUGGGAAGUGGCCUACAGCGGCUCUGCUACGGAGUAUGUCUUUACCCACUUGAAGCCAGGCACUUUGUACAGACUGCGGGUCUGCUGCAUCAGCACCGGUGGGCACAGUCAGUGUUCUGAAAGUCUCCCUGUUCGCACACUAAGCCUUGCGCCAGGUCAGUGCCGACCGCCGAGGGUUUUGGGUAGACCAAAGCACAAAGAAGUCCACUUAGAGUGGGACGUCCCUGCAUCUGAGAGUGGCUGUGAGGUCUCCGAGUACAGCGUGGAGAUGACAGAGCCUGAGGAUGUCGCUUCCGAAGUGUACCAUGGGCCCGAGCUGGAGUGCACAGUCGGCAAUCUGCUUCCCGGGACUGUGUAUCGCUUCCGAGUGCGGGCUCUGAAUGACGGAGGGUAUGGCCCCUACUCCGACGUGUCAGAGAUCACCACCGCCACGGGGCCCCCUGGGCAGUGCAGAGCUCCAUGCAUCUCCUUCACGCCGGAUGGAAGCGUCUUGGUGGGGUGGGAGAGCCCGGAGAGCCCUGGUGCUGACAUCUCUGAGUACAGGCUGGAAUGGGGUGAAGAUGAAGAAUCCUUAGAACUCAUUUACCAUGGUCCAGACACCUGCUUUGAGAUCCAGAAUCUGUUGCCUGCUGCCCAGUAUUGCUGCAGACUACAGGCCUUCAAUCCAGCAGGUGCAGGGCCGUAUAGCGAGCUUGUCCACUGCCAGACACCUGCCUCUGCCCCCGACCCUGUCUCCACGCUGUGUGUCCUGGAGGAGGAGCCCCUCGAUGCCCACCCGGACUCGCCCUCUGUGUGCCUUGUACUGAACUGGGAAGAGCCGUGCAAUAAUGGAUCUGAAAUCGUUGCUUACAAUGUUGAUCUCGGAGACACUAGCAUUACUGUGGGCAACACUACCACACACGUGAUAAAGAACCUCCUUCCAGAGACUACGUACCGGAUCAGAAUUCAGGCCGUCAAUGAGAUUGGAGUCGGACCAUUUAGUCAUUUCAUUAAAGCAAAAACUCGGCCAUUGCCACCCUUGCCUCCUAGACUGGAGUGUGCUGCAUCUGGUCCUCAGAGCCUGAAGCUCAAGUGGGGAGACAGUAACUCCAGGACGCAUGCCGCUGGUGACCUGGUGUACACGCUGCAGCUGGAGGACCGGAGCAAGAGGUUUGUUUCCAUCUACAGAGGACCCAGCCACACCUACAAGGUCCAGAGACUGACGGAGUCCACCUGCUACUCCUUCAGAAUCCAGGCAGCGAGCGAGGCAGGGGAGGGACCUUUCUCAGAAACUUACACCUUCAGCACAACCAAAAGUGUCCCUCCCACCCUCAAAGCACCUCGAGUGACACAAUUAGAAGGAAACUCAUGUGAAAUCUUAUGGGAGACGGUACCACCGAUGAAAGGUGAUCCUGUUAACUACAUCCUGCAGGUACUGGUCGGAAGAGAAUCUGAGUACAAACAGGUGUACAAGGGAGAAGAAGCCACAUUCCAGAUCUCAGGCCUCCAGAACAACACAGACUACAGGUUCCGUGUGUGCGCGUGCCGCCGCUGUGUGGAUACCUCCCAGGAGCUCAGUGGAGCUUUCAGCCCCUCUGUGGCCUUUGUGUUACAACGACGUGAGGUCAUGCUUACAGGAGACAUGGGGAGCAUGGACGAUCCCAAAAUGAAGGGCAUGAUGCCUACUGAUGAACAGUUUGCUGCCCUCAUUGUGCUUGGCUUCGCAACCUUGUCCAUUUUAUUUGCCUUUAUAUUACAGUACUUCUUAAUGAAGUAGACCUGCAGACUAAAGGUAUGGGUGGGGCACCACCCAUUGAAUACACAUUUACUCAGAGCCUUCCCUUUCAGCCUUGUUGUCCUUUGAUUUAUAUACUUCUCUUGUUUUACAGAUUUAGCUAGGAGAAACAG